AUGAUCCAUGUCCUCGACGAGGCUCCCGGGCGAAGACCUACACUGCCCGCCCCUGUGCUCUCCGCCCUUUGUCGCCGCCACCGAGCCCACGGCCCGCCGGGUGGUGCCCCUGCCUUAGGGCCCGCGCCUGUAGCAGAUGGGCGCGUCUCGCAGCAGGAGCUCGCCCUCCUCCACGUCGCGGCUGCCGCACCGAGGGCUCGACGCGUUCUUCUGGGCGGACCGGUGCGAGGGCCCAGGCCGCGACGGCGGCGGGUCAUGUCCGAGCUGCUGGGCUCCGCCUGGCCUCAGAGCUCCGCGUCCCUUCCUGGGCGCGCGGCCCGGGUGCCCGCCGCCCGGGUGCGGCGCAUCGAGAGCGUCGAGCGCGUGUGCUGGUGCUCGGAGCCGCUCAACGAGGCGGGGCCGCUGAGGGACGUGCUGUCGCCACGGACGCUGCCCAGGUACCUCGCGGCGCGCCGCCAGCGCGGGCUGACGGGCCCCGCCUCUUGGGAGGCGGGCACUCCUUCGGGGUCGUCCAGGUGA